AUGCAAUCGGCGACGGCGCCACCGCGCCAUAUCUCGCCGGGGAGGAGCUCCGGGAUCUUGAGGCGGCCUUCCGCGCUCAACCCCGCCAGAGCGCACGUGACCGUCAUCUCGGCGAUCUCCAGGGCGGCGCCGCCGCCGCCGCCCAAAUCAAGCACCCACCUCUCCAGUCUCGAGCGCCUGCUCCAGAAGCCACCGGAGGCCGGAACGCCGCCUCUGCCGCCGCAACCUCUGCGAGAGGCGUAUGGGGAGGAGGGCCUGGAGGGCAGCCCUUGGGGCCUGCUCAACGCCCUGAACCUCUCCGGCGUGCUACCCCUCGAGAGGAAGGUCGAUAACAUGUCCCCACGGAGCAUGACCAAUCUCCAGCGGCUGCUCGCCGGCAACGUCCGGUCGUCGCCGCGCUGCAGCAUUGGGCCGCGGUGGCGCGAGCUCCACGGAGCCAACGACUGGGCGGGGCUCCUCGAUCCGCUGGAUGAAGACCUCCGGCGAGAGGUUGUCCGCUACGGCGAGUUCGUGCAGGCGGCCUACCACGCCUUCCAUUCGAACCCCGCCAAGCGCCCCACCGAGCCCGGCCGGAUCCCCAUCCCCGACCGGUCCUACCGCGUCACGCGCGAGCUCUUCGCCACCGCCUCCAUCGAGAUGCCGCGGUGGCUUGACGGGAUGGCGCCGUGGAUGCGGCAGCGGACGAGCUGGCUCGGGUACGUCGCCGUCUGCGACGACAUGAGAGAGAUCCAGCGGAUGGGCCGCCGCGACGUGGUGAUCGCCCUCCGCGGCACCGCCACGGCCCUCGAGUGGGCCGAGAACUUCCGCGCCUCCAUGGUCAAUCUGCCCAAGGAGGCCGCGGCGGCGGCGGAGGCCACGGAGGCGGCGGAGGCCACGGAGGCGGAGUCGGAGUCGGAGGAGGACGAGAAGGAGGCGGCGGAGCCCAGAGUGGAGCACGGCUUCUGGAGCCUGUUCACGACUGGGUCAAAUAAGUCGGUAAGCCUGCGUGACGCCGUGGUGGCGGAGGUCCGGCGGGUGAUGGAGGUCUACAAGGGGGAGAAGCUCAGCAUCACCGUCACCGGCCACAGCCUCGGCGCCGCCCUGGCGGUGCUCGUCGCCGACGAGCUCGCGGACUGCGCCCCCCUGGGGGAGGAGGUCCCCCCCAUCGCCGUGUUCUCCUUCGGUAGUCCCCAUGUCGGCAACCAGGAAUUUGCCGAUCGGGUCAAUGGCCGUGGGGUAAAGGUCCUCCGCGUCGUUAACGAGCGCGACGUCGUCACGAGGAUGCCCGGCCUCUUCGCCGGCGAUGGCAAACCAGCGGCGGAGAAGGCGGAGGAAGGUGACGGCCGCAUAGAGGCGCGGCGGCGCUGGUGGCGGGCGGCCCUGCAGGGGAAGCGGCCGGCGCAUCAGGACAGGUGGUGGGACGCGGUCGGGAGGGCGAUGACCACCUGGUCCUACUCCCACGUCGGCACCGAGCUGAAACUGGACAGCCGCCAGUCGCCGUUCCUACGACCGGACGCCGGCCCCGGCUGCUGCCAUGAUCUGGAGGCGUACCUCCACCUCGUCGACGGCUUCCUCAGCUCGCGUUGCCCCUACCGGCAGAACGCCAAGCGGAGCAUCGCGAAGCUGGUGGCCCACCAGGGCUCCAACAUGAAACGGCACUACACCAGCAGGGCCCUGGCCGCGAUCGGCAUGGAGGCCGCCGCCCAGGAUGCCGCUAGCCGGCGCGGCCCGCCGCAGCUCGACGGCGGCGGCACCACUCUCCUCCUCAGCCCCACGUCCUCCUGA